AGUGCGUUGUUUGUCGCCUGGACUUCUUGGUAGCCGGUGACCCGGGCUGUUGGAAGGUUCGUGGGGGUUUGGUCGAGGUGGUCUCUGCCCUCCGUGCCCGGCGACAUCUGCGAGUGGCCAGCUCUAGCGCGCCACGUUCACACAGCCCCGGACUGGUGCGCAACUCCUGGAGGUUCAGCCUUGCGGCGACCUGUGCUCCAGUUCUCCGCUCCUGGCUCUUACGAACAGUUAAAAUGAUGAGUUUCUCUUCGCCACCUACUAAGCUUUUCUAACUCGUUGGUGUAAACUGAAUCAUUUAUGAGGAUUAGGAGCAGCUUAGGAGCUCAAGCCUGUGACAAUGGUGUGCAUUCCUUGCAUAGUCAUUCCCGUUCUGCUCUGGAUCUACAAAAAAUUCCUGGAGCCAUACAUAUACCCUCUGAUUUCACCUUUUGUUAGUCGUAUAUGGCCUAAAAAAGCGAUACAAGAAUCCAGUGAUAAAAAUAAAAGCCAAGGAGAUUAUAAGGGUGCAGGCAUAAGUGGAUCAGCAACAAAAGGACCAACAGAAAUCUCUGAUAAAAAGAAAGACUGAUGCCGUUUUCCCAAAGGAUCUCAAUUUUUUAAAAUGGACCUGACAAUAUGAAGCACCUUCUUUGUAAUUAUUUCUGACCUUUUGCUCUGAGACCUGAAUUCAGGAUAUUCAGUUUAGAUAUUCACCUGAUACUAACCAGGAAAUACAUAAUAUUUAUAUUUAAAAUGUAUUUAGU